CUUAAUUUCCAAAAUUUUUUAUUUAAGUCAUUCUUUUCAGUACAGAAUAAUGUCUUUCGUAGAUGAAGAGACAUCAGAUGGCGGUGGUGGUGUACGGUCGAGGCUGGAGAGCUAUGUUUUCAGUUGUGAGCUGUCUUCUGAAGUGCCAUUUUACACCUUUCAAGGAGAUGAAGAGGAGGAUUUGGAGCACUUCCUCGAGCUUCGGACGAUUUGUCUUGGUGAAGGUGCCAAAGAGGAGAAUAAUGUGGUGGAAGUCACUGCCAUGAAUCAUCAAGGGAAGAAAAUAUCCGUACCUGUGGCCAAUCUUCACGUCUCCUGUCUGCCUAUGGUAAGCCUUGGAGAGUUUGAGCUAAUGGCACCCGUCACACUGCGUCUGAAAGCUGGCUCUGGCCCAGUGACUGUCAGCGGGUUACACCUUGUUGCAUCUGAGCAGGAUGAUGACAUUGAAGAAUCUGAUCUAUCUGAUGAAGAUGAGGACAUAGAGGAAAUGCCAGCUUUCAAGCCAGCAAAGAAGAAACAAAAGCUGUGAUCUCAAUCUUCUGUUCAUUUUGUGUAGUUUACACCAAUUUACACCAAUUUUACAGCAGGUUUUGUGUUACAGAGCAUGUUGGUAAGGUUUUUAAACUGUUCUGCCUUUUUUUGACAUUUUGGUGGAGUGACUGACUCAUUGUGACAUCAAAGCAUUUCCAUCUUAAAUAUUCCAAAUCAUGGGUAUUGCAGAGUUUGUUCUUAUUUUAU